CUCGUCCUGAUCAGUCCGCGGAAGCCGCCGAACAACCCAACUCCUCCACUCCCCGCAAGAGCAAACGACAGCGGCGUGCAGCGUCGCCUCCUUCCCCGGCAGCACCCCAAGCGGCCUCCACUACUCCUCCUACCCGUCGCGGAACUCGCAAUCGUCCAGCUACUAUGUCCCAGUCGGGUUCAUCCUCACGGCCUACGGAGGACUCGUCCAAGGCUCACGUCUCGCCGCCUACAUCCCGACGGAAAACUAACAAGAGCGGACGGUUGGAAGAUCGUACCCCGUCCACUCAUUCUCCAGCCCGCCGGCAGAAAAGGCGUCCGGGCAAAACCGAUCCUGAUGUCCUUAUGAGAGAGGCUGAGGAGGACUUGGAGGAGCAAGAGCAGAUUGAGGAACACGAAUCAUCGCCGCCAAGUGAUAACCAUGAAGAGGCCAUUCCGUCGACUCUCGACGAUGAUGACGAUGAUGACGACGAUGACGAUGAUGCGGACCUUUUCCAUAAUAGUCUCUUUGGAGCGCGAAGUCACCUAGGCCUGCAGAGUACCUUGCGGGCUCUCAGCGGCAUGAUGUCGGGCAUGACCUCGCGUCUGCGCGAUAUCCUGAAUAAUUUGAGGAUGAAGGAUGACCCGUCCAUUCAACUUAUCGCCCUGCAAGAGCUGUCGGAUCUGCUGUUGGUAUCCAACGAGGACAACUUGUCAGGCCAGUUCUCUCCGGAUCCGUAUGUCAAAGAAUUGGUCGCUUUGAUGCAACCGAACGACUUCGGCGAGGAAAACCCCGAGAUCAUGCUUCUUGCAUGUCGUUGCUUGGCGAACCUGAUGGAGGCUCUCCGUGGCUCCGUGGCGAAUGUGGUGUAUGGUGGAGCUGUUCCGGUCUUGUGCCAGAAAUUAUUGGACAUUCAGUUCAUCGAUCUGGCCGAGCAGGCUCUCAGCACUUUGGCGAAGAUCUCAGUUGACUUCCCCGCCGCGAUUGUGCGGGAGGGUGGACUGACAGCUUGUCUGACUUACCUUGAAUUCUUCCCUACCAGCACGCAGCGCACCGCCGUGACCACAGCAGCUAAUUGCUGCCGCAAUCUCCCUCACGACUCGUUCCCAGUGGUCCGAGAUGUCAUGCCGACGCUGCUCCUUGUGCUCGCGAGCAACGACCCCAAGGUAGUCGAACAGGCCUGUCUCUGUGUUUCGCGUAUCGUGGAAAGUUACAAACAUAAGCCCGAAAAGUUGGAGGAAUUGAUUGAACCCGCCAUGCUGAAAGCCGUGCUGCGAUUACUCUUGCCUGGAACCACCAACCUCAUUGGACCGCAUAUUCACACCCAGUUCCUGCGUGUUCUGGCAAUUACUUCGAGAGCUAGCCCCAAACUGUCUGUCGAGCUGCUCAAGAUGGACGUGGUCGACACUUUAUAUCAGAUCUUGACGGGCGUCUCCCCUCCGGUCAACCUAGACGACACGGCUGUGAAGAUGGACAGUGUCUUGGUCAUGCAGGCAUUGAUACAUCGCCCCAAGGAACAGGUCUUUGAGACUCUCGAUGUCAUCUGUGAGCUCUUACCUAGCGUCCCGAGCCGACAUGUCCCACAGUUGGAAGGCGUCAUAGGGACCAAUGGCGGCAGCAAGCAUCCCAAAGCGUCGGAGUGUGCCGAGAAGCGGCGCGAGUUGCUGCUAGAAUGUAAAACAGAACUCAAGCGGUUCGCCAUGAUACUGCUACCGACUCUGACCGACGCAUACUCUAGCACUGUGAACUUGGAGGUUCGGCAAAAGGUUCUCACUGCGCAGCUCAAGAUGCUUCACAACCUGGACGUUGGCCUGAUCGAGGAUGCUCUGAAAACAGUACCGUAUGCGUCAUUUCUGGCGGCAAUACUCUCCCAGAAUGAUCACCCAACCUUGGUAUCGCACGCCAUCCGAUGCGCGGAACUCUUGUUUACACGGCUGGAACAUGUCUAUCGGCAUCAGUUCCAUCGCGAAGGCGUCAUCCCUGAGAUUGUCAAGCUCGCCCAGGAGCCACUGUCUACCUCCAAGUCAGACAAGCAGACUGGUGACGCCACCACAAAGGACACCCAGGAAGAGAAACCUGCCCCAGCUCCCGUCAAGGACAGUUCCUCACUGGGCUCUGACGACGACGAUGGACACGAUGACAAUGAAGACGAAGACGACUACGAUGAGCAGGAUGACGAAGAUAACGACGAUAUGUCCGAGAGCUCCUCAUCGAUCUCGGGUCAACUCGUUGCCACUAAACUCGCCAAUGCAAUGAAGGAUCUCGUCAUUCGCAACGCUCAGGCGUUUGUUAGUCAAUACGAAGCCAGCCAAGGCAAGGAUAUGCGGCAUAAGGCCGAGGAGAUCCUCCAAGAAUUGCAGACUCUAGCUGCUGAUCUCGAGACCUGCUACUUGGGAGAAGAUCAUGACGAAGGCCUUGCCCUGUUUGAGAAAUUGGCAACAUACUUCGACGGCGAUGCGCUUGAGAGCAUUACCAGCUCUGAAUUGCUGAACUCCGGCAUCAUUAAGGUUCUUCUCCAGGUGUUUGGAGAUUUCCAAUCUGCAUCCAUGCGCGAGGCUCGUGCUGCGUUCUUGCAAGCCUUCAUGGGCUCUAAAAUCUCGGAGAAGGCCCAGAGCCAGAGUACCGCAACUACCCCCUUCAGUGUGCUCAUUCAGAAAUUGCAGGACUUGCUCAGCAGGACUGAGCAUUUUGAGGUCACAACUGUUAGCCACAAUUCACUUGAGAACACGCGUAGCAAUGCCGCCUACAUGCUAGGCAAGCAACUCCGACUGAAGCUGGUGGCCGAUGAGGAUUCCGACAUUCCCCGGACCUACCGCAACAUCAUGGUCUCGAUCCAUGCCAUCGCGACUUUCAAAGCAUUAGACGACUUCUUGCAUCCGAGAAUCAGUCUGUCGGAUCGGCCUCGUCCGACCCGUAACCACGAAUCGAUCCUUGCUCAGCUUGCGAACGCGAAUGCGGCCCGGCUUCGCGAGCAGCUGGCUGAUGCAGAACAUCCGGGCAGUGGUAGCCCUCAGCUGCCACGAACGUCGACAGUGGCGGACACGACGACUGACCAGGCAGAGACGGGCGCUACCGAGUCCGAGUCGAGGAUCAGACGAUCAGCACGUCAGGACGCUGGUGUCGAAAGUGAGCACGACAACGAGCCACUCGAAUGCGCAGACGAGCGGCAGAUGAGCGAAGACGAUGAACACGAUGGCGAUGGUGAUGAUGAGGAAUUGAACGCCAUCGUGGAUGAUCUCGAUGAAGAUCUCUCCGAGGACAACGCCCAGGACCCUACUGCUGUUAACAUGGAGGUUGCCUCCUCCGGUAAGGUGACGGCUCGCAAAGAAGACGGCACCCGGGUGGCUACCCCGUCACAGACGCCAGCGUCCAAGUCAACAGCGUCCGCACCAAGUUCCGCCUCCAACGCCCCGUCUGGAAGCUCUCUGGCAACAGCAGGCCGUCCGUUCUCGUCGUAUGCGGCUGCCAUGGCCUCGAUUCCUUCUGACUGGCAUAUCGAGUUCAGCAUUGACGACCACCCGGUGCCGAGCGACACUACUAUCUAUCGCGCAGUCCACCACAAUCGUCAGCAGGUCGACCCUAGCGUGAAGAAUGUGUGGUCGGCGAUCCACACGGUCAAGUUCCGGCGUGUGCCAGGCCCCCCGCCUCCUGAGUCCUCCACCAUCAAUCAGAGCGGGUCUGGUGCCUCUGGUCAAGCCGAGGCUAAAGAGAUGCCGGCUUCCUUGAGCCAAGGCCCCACGACAGCAAGGAUACUCCAGCUGCUACGUGUCUUGCACGAGAUGAAUGCCACUCUCGACGAGAUCAUUGCGGAGACCAAAGAGCUGGUCGCGCUGAAACCCGAGCCACUGGCACAAUUCAUCAACACCAAACUGACAGCCAAGCUCAACCGGCAACUGGAGGAGCCUCUCAUCGUGGCGAGCAAUUGUCUCCCUAGCUGGAGCGAGGAUCUUGCCCGCCUCUUCCCCUUCCUGUUUCCGUUUGAGACGCGGCACCUGUUCCUUCAGUCCACUGCUUUUGGCUAUUCGCGUGCGAUGAUGAGGUGGCACAAUUCCCAGAACGGCGACGACAGCCGCAGCGAUAGCCGACGGGAUGAUCGGCCUAUCCUUGGGCGUUUGCAGCGGCAGAAAGUGAGAAUCUCAAGAAGCCGGAUUCUCGAGUCUGCCAUCAAGGUCAUGGAACUCUAUGGGUCUUCUCCCAGCGUCUUGGAGGUUGAAUACUUCGAGGAGGUGGGCACAGGCCUGGGUCCUACGCUUGAGUUUUACUCUACCGUCUCAAAGGAAUUCUCGAAGAAGAAGCUCAAGAUCUGGAGGGAGAACGACUGCGUCAAUGGCGAAGAGUAUGCUUUUGGCAAGCGCGGUCUGUUCCCCGCCCCUAUGAGUGAGGCGCAGGCUGCAUCGGAGGCCGGCAAGAAGCAACUGCACUUGUUCAAGAUUCUCGGUAAAUUUGUUGCCAGGUCGAUGCUUGAUUCUCGAAUCAUCGAUAUUUCGUUCAACCCAGCCUUCUUCCGCAUCGCCGACAGCUCGACAUUUGUCGCACCGUCGCUGGGGACUGUAAAGGCGGUCGACCAGGAUCUUGCCAACUCCUUGUUGUUGUUGAAGCGCUUUGCCAAUGCGAAGAAGAACGUCGAAGAGGACAGGGGAUUGUCUGCGUCACAGAAAGCCCAGGCGCUGCAGGCGAUUGAGGUUGGUGGGGUCAAGGUCGAAGAUCUAAGCUUGGACUUUACACUUCCGGGUUAUCCAGCCAUCGAGCUCAUCAAGGAUGGUUCCAAUAUUCCCGUGGUGAUUGACAAUGUGGAUCUGUAUGUCGACCGAGUGGUGGACAUGACUUUGGGCAGUGGAGUCCAGCGCCAAGUCGCGGCCUUCCGGGCGGGCUUUUCCCAAGUGUUCCCUUACUCGGCUCUGCGGACCUUCACGCCUAACGAAUUGGUCAUGCUGUUCGGUCGUGCCGAGGAAGAUUGGACUAUUGAGACCCUGAUGGACUCCAUCAAAGCCGACCAUGGCUUCAACAUGGACAGCCGGAGCGUGCGGAACUUGCUGCAGACGAUGAGUGAGCUGAACGCGCAACAGCGACGGGACUUUUUGCAGUUUGUGACCGGCAGUCCCAAACUGCCCAUCGGCGUCUCACCCCGAUCUUCACCGUGGUGUGUCGCCCCAGCGAACCGCCCUACACCCCGGACGACUACUUGCCCAGUGUCAUGACCUGCGUGAACUAUCUGAAGCUUCCCGACUACAGCAGCCUGGAUACACUCCGCGAGCGGUUGUCGGUUGCUAUCAAGGAGGGGCAGGGGGCAUUCCAUCUGUCGUAGAGUUCUGGGAGGGAUCCGGCAGGGAUUGAUGAUGGGACCGAUGCAUGGGUUGUGUGCUUCUUUCGGGUAGGCAUUUGGGUGUGAGUUGCUUCACAUGUGUGUAUUUUUGAGGAGAAAAGGCGUUGCUAGGGGUCUUGUUGCAUUGGUCAAUUUAGAUAGAAAUGCAAAUAUUUGUGAG